CUAUCAUCGGCAUCGUAGGAAACGUAACUGCACAUUUCGUGCUCCUCGGACAUGGCAACUCUCUAGGGUAUUUGACGUUUCUCUUCCCCGAGUUUUGGAGAGCAAAUUAUUAGGAAAACCAGACUCGUCAACAGAUGAAUAAUAAUUAUUUAUGCGCACGCGCACGCUCGGUUGCUCGCUUUGUGAGCCCCUCCCCCUUUUAUCGCUAAGCAACGUAACACACGAGAGUCCACGAUAUGUUGAGCGAGACUUUCCUCGCCCGGCAAGAUGCCAGCAGUCGAUCUCAGCCUCAGCAGAAAACACGCCACCUCCAGUCUCCAGUGAAUAGCUACGAGGACUGGAAGCUUCUGGAGGGCGUGGCGGAGUGGCCCUGCGCGGCUUCCAACGAAUUCCCGAGCAACCUAGACCCGGACACCGUUCUAGGCCCUCUAGAAGAGAUCAAGAAAGACUUUGAAACUCACUCACCUUGGGGUGCAGUGUUUCUGAAUGGAGUGGAGAAAAGACUGGAGGAAAUGGAGAGAACCCUGGAUGGAUUAGCCAAUCACUUUCUCAUUGGAUCCACAGCUCAUGAGGGAGAGGCUGGUGGUCAGCCUGUUGCCAAGGGUAUGAGUGAGUUCAGAAUCACUCACUAGUUGUCUGAAGCUGUCACUGAUCCUCUUCCUCAGCAUUUCUCACAGAGUUACGUGAUCAGAGCUCACAACGCAGACAACGUCUGUGCCCAUUAGGAGACACUGCUAGCAAUGAAGACUUGACACUGGAUACACUGGUGUAUCCAGGUAUUGGAGGAGGCUGCUCAGCUGUAGCCUUACCCGGGACACUGGAUCCUCUCACACUACUGGAUAAGGUCACUAAGACAGCACUCCUCCCCCUCUAUGUACAACAGUGCUGGCAAAAGCUCUUCCACUCAGGUGCAUCCUGCUGUUUAUUACAGGUACACAGACAUAGUGUGUUUCACAGCCUCGUUUCUAUUUCAGUUUCUAUAAUAAUGAUUCAGAAUACAUUUUGGUAUGUUUGGCUGAGCUACUUCAAGGCUAAGCCAGAUCCGAAUGACCUAUCAAGACUGUUCAGAUUGAUAUCCGAGAACUUCAUGUCACUUCACUGCAGCAUCUUAGGCGGGCAGAAACACAAAGAUGAAGCCUUUAUUCAUCUUCCAGGGUGCCUGGCUAAAGCAGUGUACAGUGCCUUCUGCCACUCAUUUCCUCAGUCCAGCAAAGUCUUCAACUCUGAGGAAUUUCUGUCGUAUCUGACUAACCUGACACACGAAUGGAUUACUGGGGUUGCAGCUCCUCUGGGGAGUUGGAAAAACUGGCCUCGCCAUCUUCUGGACCCUCACUUCAACUCAGUGUUAGAAGACACCAGCUCUGACCAGAACUCCAGUCCAACUCUCAAGUCAACCUUCUCUGAAAAAGAUGUGAUGAGACUGUCAAUAAAGGACAAGCCUCGUAGCGUGAGGCUCAGUACAGUGUCAGGUGCUAUCCAAAAGAUAAGAAGAACAAGGAGCUCACACACUGCCCCAUCUAGAGCCAAGACUCCUUCUACAAACCCUGACAAGAAUGAGGAAGUGGGUGUGGGUCAAGGACCAAGGUUUAAGCAUGUUCAAUUUGGACUAAUGGGCAGGAGUCCCCUCCUCCAGAACUACCUGGUGUCUCACGGACUAGUGGAGGAGGAGAAGGGGAAGGGAGAAGUGUGCAAGAGAGUGCGGCCUGUGAUGGGCAGGACUCAGAUUAGCAGGCUACCACCACCAUCAAUUUCUUACCAACAACUGUUGAAAGACUCUAAGGAGGCAUGCAGGAAAAACUAUGAUCACUUUGAAAAGGCUCUAGCCAAGAGAGAGCAGGAAAUCAACGCUGCUCGCAAGAAACACAACGCACUACUCAGAGCCUCUGACAGACGCACUGAGAGAUUGCUACAGCACAAGUACAAGGUGGCCAUCAUGGCAGAGAAGAUAAUGGACAAGUAUGCCAGUCAGACAGCUCCCAUCGUACCAGCUAAAGCAACUGACUCUCCGCCACCAGAACAAUAGAUCCGUGGAUGAUUAUCGAUUCAUAUCUUACAAGAUUCAUUUAAAAUUCUUGUGUGAUUCUAAUCUGUAUUUCAUUCAUUAAUUGGUGAUGGCACAACAAUAUUAACUUUUCGUGUGCGUUUCUAAUGUCUGUGUGGUUCGUUUGUUGACGGUUAGAUUACCUAAUGACAGAAUUAAAUAGUGGUACCCUAAUGUAUGUAAUUAUGAUUGUACGGUUCAUUUGGUGAUGGUUACACAUGCGGUGCCCAUGACACCCUUUAGCUCCUUGGAUUGACAUGUGACUAUCAGCUUGGAGCUCUGAGACUGCCGUUUCCUGGGGGCACUUCUUGGAGAUAUGGCAAAGGACACCUCUGCCACUUUACCUUUUCCAGUGUUUUUUCCAGGGAUCUUGAGUGGUUUUGUGAGUCUAGCUCCCUCAAUGAGGAACACCACGUUGGUCAGAGGUUUCUGGAGAGGGUUUGUGAAGUAGGCCUUCACGGGGUAACUCUUCCCAGCUGACAACUCCACCC